GGGCGGUGCCUGGACACUGGUGUCCUAGGCUGGGGCCACCUGAGGUCGGCGAACUCAGGGUGAGGCACGGAGCGCGCACUGGGCGGCAAGAGAGCGCCCCUAGAGCGCGGUGCCUGGAGCGGUGGCGGGGACCCCGGGCACAGAGAGGGGCUGCGAGGCACUUCGGCGCCACCAGAGCGCCCACCUGCAGAAACCUCGCGAUUGCUCCCGCAGGCGACCCCCGGACGCACGGGCCCACGGUGCCACCUGGGCAUUCGUGAUCUUCAUCCCGGGCCGCAGUCGAGCUGGGGACCCGCUGACACUCGCCCUCGCGGCGGCUACCCCACGGGCAUGUUUCACGGGGGGAAGACCAGCAUCCCCAAGCCUGCGUCCCGCAACCUGGAGGACCUGGACUCGGUGCAGCGCGUCCUGCUACACAGUGAUCUGGAGCCUGAGUGGCGGGACAGUGUACAGAGGAAUGGAGAGCUGUUCUACCUGGAACUGAGUGAGGAUGAGGAGGAGUGCCUCCUUCCGGAGACCCAGACUGUGAACCAUGUCAGGUUCAGUGAGAAGGAGGUCAUCAUUGAAGAAGAUGGCACCAGAGAAAGAAAGAAGUAUGAACCCAAGCUCAAGCGCUUCACCAAGAUCCUGAAAAGCAAAAAGCUUUUACCUAAGCGCCACCACAAAAAGAGCAGCAGCGACAAUGGGCCGGUGUCCAUCCUGAAGCAUCAGUCUAACCAGAAGACGGGGGUUACUGUGCAGCAGCGGUACAAGGAUGUGACUGUCUACAUUAAUCCCAAAAAGCUGACGGUCAUCAAAGCCAGGGAGCAGCUCAAACUCCUGGAAGUGCUGGUGGGAAUCAUCCAUCAGACCAAGUGGAGCUGGAGAAGGAGCGGGAAGCAGGCCGACGGGGAGAGGCUCGUGGUGCACGGCCUGUCACCAGGAGGCUCUGCCAUGAAGAGCGGUCAGGUCCUGGUUGGCGAUGUCCUUGUUGCCGUGAAUGAUGUAGAUGUGACCUCUGAAAACAUAGAGAGAGUUCUGUCUUGCAUCCCUGGACCAAUGCAGGUGAAGCUGACAUUUGAAAAUGCAUAUGCUGUGAAAAAGGAAAUGGCCCAACCCAAAAAGAAAAAGACACAGUCGAGCACGAAUGAUUUGGUGAAACUUCUGUGCGGGUCAGAGGCCGAUGGCAUCCAGCACAGCAUCCUGGACACCCCACACAUCACCAUGUACCUCACGCUGCGGUUCCAGUCAGAGGUAUCCAAAGAGGAGCAGGAAAUUUUAUACCAUUAUCCAGUGUCUGAAGCCUCUCAGAAACUCAAGAGUGUGAGGGGGAUUUUUCUCACACUCUGUGACAUGCUGGAAAGUGUGACUGGGACACAAGUUACCAGCUCAUCCCUCCACUUAAAUGGAAAACAAAUUCACGUUGCUUUCCUGAAAGAGUCUGACAAGUUGUUGUUAAUUGGCCUGCCUGCUGAAGAAGUUCCUCUUCCCCAGCUAAGGAACAUGAUAGAAGACACUGCUCAAACCCUCAAGUUCAUGUAUGGUUCCUUAGACAGUGCCUUUUGCCAGGUUGAGAACACUCCUCAUUUGGAUCAUUUCUUCAGCUUGUUCUUUCAACGAGCUCUUCAACCUGACAAGUUGCAUCUUAGUGCCAGCCCUAGUGCUCAGCAGUAUGAUGCAGCCAGUGCCGUGCUUUUGGACAGCCUCCCUGGAGUCCGUUGGCUCCCUCUUCCACAGGAACUCAAGGUGGAGUUGGACACAGUGUUAAGUGACCUUGAAGCUGCCGACUUUGAAGAGCUGUCUGAGGAUUACUAUGACAUGAGACGGCUGUACACAAUUUUGGGAUCUUCUCUGUUUUACAAGGGUUACUUGGUGUGCAGCCAUCUACCUAAGGAUGAUAUUGUUGAGAUUGCUGCGUAUUGUCGCCAGUACUGCCUGCUGCCUUUAGCAGCAAAGCAAAGAAUUGGCCAGCUGAUAAUAUGGAGAGAAGUCUUCCCACGCCACCACCUCCAGCCUCCUGUAGACUCAGACACCGAGGUCUUCCAGGAACCUGAAGGGAGAUAUUUUUUACUGAUUGUCGGACUGCGACAUUAUAUGUUGUGUGUGCUGUUAGAAGCUGGAGGCUGUACAUCUAAAGCUACUGGGAAUCCUGGUCCAGAUUGUAUCUAUGUAGAUCAGGUCAGAACAACUCUUCAUCAGCUGGAAGGAGUAGACUCCCGCAUAGAGGAAGGGCUAGCCUCAUCUCCCGGGCCCUGCCUGUCUUGUGCUGACUGGUUCCUUGCUGCAUCACAUGAAAAGGCAGAUAGUUUGACCACUUCACCUAUCCUCAGUAGACUGCAGGGGUCCACCAAGACAGCGACCUCUCCAACAUGCAGAAGAACCUUUUUCAGUGACCAUCCCUUCAAGGCACGGAAGCCCAGUCCCUCCCGGGGUAGUGGAGAUUAUGAGCCUGGCGAAGGCGGAGAAGGUAUUGGUCCUAGCCCACACACUACCCCAGCUGCAGUGCGGAAGCAAAGAGAAUCCUGUGGUUCAGAGGACAGCAUGGCCUUGCUUAAGCUCGCUAGAAAGAAAUCAACGCUUCCAAAUCCAUUUCAUUUGGGAAAUUCGAAAAAAGAACUUUCAGACAAAGAAUUGGAAGUCUAUAACACGAUGAAGUUGACCUCUGGUCCCGAGAAUACACUUUUCCAUUAUGUCGCCUUAGAAACAGUGCAGGGCAUCUUCAUCACUCCCACCCAUGAAGAGGUGGCUCAGCUAGGCGGUUCUGUCCAUGCUCAGCUAAUUAAGAAUUUCCAUCAGUGCUGUCUCUCUAUCCGUGCAAUUUUCCAACAGACACUGAAGGAAGAGAAAAAGAAAGUACUUCAUGGUGAAGAUCAUUCAGAGUCUGCAGAUUCAGUGUCUUCCCUGACCCAUGUGAAAGAACAUGGUGUGCUGUUUGAAUGUUCACCUGAAAACUGGACUGAUCAGAAAAAAGCACCACCAGUUAUGGCUUACUGGGUGGUGGGGAGGCUCUUCCUUCACCCAAAACCUCAGGAACUGUAUGUCUGUUUUCACGACUCGGUCACGGAAAUUGCUGUUGAAAUGGCGUUUAAACUGUUCUUUGGAUUAACGUUGUAGCUGUGUUUGUAGGAUUGAAGACAGCACACAAAUGGACCAUGGGGCAGUAUCCGAAUGGCUGGAAUCAAUGUAUAGAGAUAAGGCUCAGCUUCGCCAUCGUUCAGUAUUGAACUUAUCUUUUUAAAUAUUGAGAGGCAAUGCUCUUGGGUUGUAUCAAUUCAUAUGUAGUAUUAUAGAAGGCAUCUGAGUAGACACUUGAUCAAAAUACAAAGGCAAGAUUGCUAAUUUAUUGCCAUUUUGGUAUACCAUGCUAAUUUAUUGAAUAGUUUUAAAUAAUGUGAUUUCUUUAAUAAAAAAUAAUAUAGAUGUUUAUUUGGGGAUCAUAGUCACCUCAUUGUUUGUUUUUCCUAAAAGCCAAUACUGACUUAUACCUGGUGAAGGAACGAAAUUGAAGAGAUGACAAGGUUCUAUAGUUGGUCAAUUCUGUGUUGUGAGGGUUCCUGUACCUGUCAGGCCUCAGAACAUCUGUAUACUAAUUAUAUUACUAUUACAUUGGGAUUUUUGAAAGUUACAGUUAAGAAAAAUACAUUGUUUUCAUUUUGUGUAUUAGUAUCUAAAUUCGAAGUAUCUGUGUUCUGGUUUCUUAGUAAAUCAAAAGCCUGUGCGUUUGUUUAAGUAUUUUAGUAGGUACCUCAGUGCAGAAGAAGAGGGGAAGGAUGAAGUUUAAAGUUAAUUUAUAUUUAUUUAAUUCUCUUUAUUCUUUGUGCUGCUUUAUUUUGGAAUAAGAGAGAUUUUUAAUCAUCCGUAAGCUUCCAUUUCUUUUUUUUUCUUCUUGUUGAAGUACAUUCUGGUACACAUACAUUUUAUAUCACUACUAACAAAUCAUAUUAAAAACACUGGAUGAGGGCUGGAGAGAUGGCUCAGAGGUCAUGAACAAGUACCUCACUGGAAGAGACCUGAGUUCAGCUCUUAGCACCCACAUCACAAUUAGAAAAUAAAAUCCUUUUUAAAACCCUGAAGAAAACAGGCUAACACUGACCUGGGGUAACUUCUUUUAUAAAAUACUAAUGUUUGUCUUAUAAAUAAGCAUCAGUCGUAUUGGGUUUCCCAAAGCUAGAGGGUGCACUUUAAACAACGGCAGUCUACCUGAGCUUCAGUAGUAGAGAAGACUGACUAGACAUUGAUUUUCUUUGGUCAUGAGAAUUUAGUGUAUUGAAGAAAAGAAAAAUAUAGCAAAUGCUACAUCUAUUACUAACACUUACCCGGGUGGGCAUCCCACAGGCUCAGUAUUCCCCACACUUUACAGCUGUGGGUAGUUUCUCCUUCGAGGAUUAUGUAUGUUAGAAGGUAAGCUAUCUAAAAUUAAGUUCAUCCCUGCAUUUUCCCUCCUUUAAAUGUGAGUCCUCCAGCUUAAAACUUCAAAACUUCAGUGUUUCUUGAGCUAUUUGGUCAUAUACAAAAAAAAUUACCCCUCUGUUGUCAGUCUAAGAAAGUCUCAUCAAGGCAUUGGUGACAGACACCAGCUGUUUACAUCACCAGCGACUUCUAAGGGACUUUAAUUUCAGCUUUCAAGUCAGAGAAGGAAAUUGUGGAUCUUGAAAUGUAAACAACAGUUUUAAAUCCCCCCCUUAACAGCACUGAGUCAAAUGAACCUAGACUGCCUGUAUACCAAUGUAUGUGUUCUGGCCUUUCUAAAAAUGUACCUAUUAAAUGUCUUCAAUUUCUGGAUACACCCUCAAAUCCCAAGCUGUUUCUAAUACUGGUCAUUAUGGUCAACGUAGCUGUUGACCACCUCAGGUUUUCAAACAGAACAAACUAGGUAUUUUAAUGCAGGGAACUUUUUUUCCCACUUAAAAUUUGAUCUGUUGCUGCUUUCUUUGUGUCAGCCAUGAGAACACUAUUCCAAAAAGUAGUGUAAAAUGCAAAGCAAAUGACAGAUCUUAAAGAUGAACCAUUUGCUGUGUGGUCUAUGAGAUUUAUAUUUUGGAUAUUUUUAAAAUAGUAAGUGCUAUUAAAACUUGAACCUACACACCAAACCAUAUGAACUAAUUUAAUUUUAAAGAGUUUUAUUUCUAUAUAAUGUCCAUGUUGAAGAGGCAUUGCAUUUUCAAAGAAUAAAAUACUAUCUUAUUUUUCAUUUCCAGGUGAAUAUUGAAGGUAAACUUAGCUGACCAUUUCUCUGAAUAGUUCAGACACAUCUGAAACUCAGUCUGAUUGUUGGACUGUGAGUACUGUCUGUUUCCUUUACAGGGAGGGGAUAAAUUGACAGGUGCAGAUCCUGUAGCGAUGGGCUUUCAGAGAAACCUUCUUGAGUUAGGUUUUAUCCGCAUCCUAAUAAUGUUCCAAAGAAUAUUAAAUACAGUGUCUGCCUACCAUUCUUAGAAAAGCAGACACAGCCAGGCAUGGUGGCACAUGCUUGUAAUCCCAGUAUUCAGGAGGCUGAGGCAGGGGGAUAUAAUAAAUUAUAUUAUACAGGCAGGGCUGUAUAACAGGGCUAUUUGAGGACAGGCUGGGCUCUUUUAAACAAAAAAACAAGUACUUUCUCACUGCUAUCACAUUUCUUGGCCCCAAAGACAUUUUAGACUCUUGCCUUUUCUUUUCCUCUUCUCUCUCUUCUCCCUUUCCUUAGUUUUCUUUUGUGUCUGUCAUGUCAGAGAGCUGUACCUAACAGAGUACACAGUGUUUCGCUUUCUGUGCCAAGGGACUAUGGAUAACAAUGCAUGCCUAACAAACUGGUAAUUGUGAAAUAAUCAAUUUUUAAAUAUUUCUGACACAAUUUUUAAAAAACUGUGAAACCAGUCUACUAGGUUUUUUUGCUUUAACAAUUAUUUGUUUCUGUGUGUUCUCGAAAUCAUGAUUGUCACAUAUUAUAAGGUAUGAAAUGUGAGCUUUGGCUACUGUUUAUCAAUAUUGAAUGACCUCUGCUUGUGAACCAAAGGAACAGCUGAGUCAUGCCUAUUACUGUACAACAUGACAGGAAUGACUGGAGAAAAUUACUCCUCACUCUUGUUUUGAGAUUUAUAUUUUGGAUAUUUCUAAAAUAGUAAGUGCUAUUAAAACUUGAACCUACACACCAAACCAUAUGAACUAAUUUAAUUUUAAAGAGUUUUAUUUCUGUAUAUAAUUAAAACUAUUUUUCUAUAUUCAGAGUUUUAAAUAAAAGUGUUUUGGAGGUUU